AUGUGCGCCCAGCACGGGGCCUCGUACACAACUGAUGUCAAACGAAACGGAACGAAAGCUAACGCGCGACAACUCCCGUCGUUACCUGGACAACCCGCCACGACUGCCGCUGACGCGCUGUCGCUGACGCUCACGCUGACGCGUGUACAGCGAGACACACUUCGCAAAUUCACCACAGACCUUCGCUGUGAAGCAGAGAGAAAGUGCGCAGGCGCAUUGAGGUCUAGGGCGGGACCGAGAGGACCUGAAUCCUCUCUUCAACCAAUCCUGUCGUCGCUUGCAAACUCAAGCUCAGGCCACGCCCACGAGCCCUCCGCAAAAUCGAGGUCCUAUGGCAUCGCGGUCUUCCUCCCGCCUGGAUUGUCUGGGUAUGAGGCAGCCCUGCCAAUCACAGAGGAGUCAAACCCACUGACCCAGGACCUCGACAAAGCAGAUGCCGAGCAAAUUGUUCGAUUGCUGGGACAAUGUGAUGCUGAGAUCUUCCAGGAGGAGGGGCAAGUCAUGCCCACAGACUAGAGACUGUAUAGUGAAUCAGUUCUGACCACCAUGGUCCAAGUGGCUGGCAAAGUGCAGGAAGUGCUGAAGGAACCUGAGUGGGAGCUGGUGGUGCUGAGUGGAGGGGGCAACUCUGGCAGGAUGGCGUUUCUCAUGUCGGUCUCCUUCAACCAGCUGAUGAAAGGUCUAGGACAGAAACCCUACACCUACCUCAUUGCAAGCAGUGACAGGUCUGUGGUGGCAUCUAGGGAGGGGACAGAAGAUAGUGCCCUGCACGGGAUUGAAGAACUGAAGAAGGUGGUCGCUGGGAAGAAGAGGGUGAUUGUCAUUGGCAUUUCGGUGGGACUCUCUGCUCCCUUUGUGGCAGGCCAGGUGGACUCCGGCAUGGACAGCCCAGGCACCUUCUUACCAGUCCUGGUUGGUUUCAGCCCCGUGAACAUGGCCAGACCACCCCUGGAGAUGCUGGUGCCCGGCCAGGGACCAGCAGAGCUUAGUUUUCAGGGAAUUGUGCCUUCCCCUGGGCAGGGCUGGGUACCCAUGCUGUCUAGAGGGGGCCCUGGGCCCACCCCGGGAGCUGGUGGCCUUUCUCCCAGGUGCCUUCUGGAAAUCCUGCGGACAUUAGAGCGGGCUCAUCAGGUGACCUAGAGUCAAAGCCCGAAGAUUGCUGCCCUGACGAUGCAAGCCAGCACCAGCCUGGAGAAAAAAGGCCGUGUGUACCUGGUUGGCUGGCAGACCCUGGGCAUCAUGGCCUUCAUGGAUGGAGUGGAGUGUAUCUACACCUUUAGUGCCGACUACCGAGAUGUCUGCGGCUUUCUCACUGGUGAUCACAGUGACAUGUUUAACCAGAGGACGGAGCUCCUCCACCAGGGUCCCCAGUUCUCCUUCUCCCAAGAGGACCUCCUGACGUGCAUCUUGCCAUCCCUCACAGAAAUCGACACCGUGGUCUUCAUUUUCACCCUGGAUGACAACCUCACGGAGGUGCAGGCGCUGGUGGAGCAGGUGAAGGAGAAGACGGCCCACAUCCAGGCCCUGGCGCAUAGCACCGUGGGGCAGACCCUGCUGACCCCUCUGAGGAAGCUCUUCCCCAUCAUCAGCAUCACGUGGCCACUGCUUUUCUUCGAAUACGAAGGGAACUUCAUCCAGGUAUGGGGAAUGAGAGGGUGUUCUCUGUGCUGAGGGACUCAGAGGGGGAAGGGUUCCAGAAAUUAGAAAACUCAAGGCUGGGGUGCCUGGGUGGCUCCGUGGGUUAAGCCUCUGCCUUUGGCUCAGGU